ACCACCUGCUGAUGUAGAAGUACAGGGAGAAGCAGGGCUGCCUCUUCCUUAGAGAAAAAGAAGAUUCGCUUAAGAGAUUAUUUACCUUCCUCACCUUUUGGCAAAAACACACAUGGCCAGUAUUUUUUUUUUAACUCGUCGAACUGGUCCAACACACAUUUAAAUACUGUGCUUCAAACUACAUUGCAACAAUGACCACUUAUGAUGACAUCUUGGAAGAAACUGGGAAGGUCAGCUGCUGUCAGAAGUAUAUCUUCGCCCUGCUCUGUGUGCUGUUGCUGCCUUUUGCCGGUGUGGUUCAUGCAGCUUGUCUUUUGAGUAGGAUACAGCAUUCAUCUGUGGUGUGCUGACCAGUACACCAUCUGACUUAUUUUGAUACCUUUAAACAUCAAAAACCCGGGUUACAGUAAUAGCAGCAACCUUUGAUGACAACCUGGAGGAGGUUUGGACUUUUGGCUGUUAUCAGAAGUGCAUUUUCGUCCUGGUCUUGGUGUUGCCGCUGUCUUUUGCUGGUGUUAGUCAGCAUCGUCUUCCAGGGUUUCACCUUGGAUCACCUAUGCAGAUGACGAAGACUUUCUGUCAGGUGCAAAAACAGUCCCACAUCAAGUUUUAAUGCUCCACUGCCCUGCCCAUAGAGGACAGUGUUUGUCGUUGGACCUUUGUCCUUUGGGUUUUUAACUGGACAAGCAGGGGCAGACACGUUAUUGGUCACUGUGGAGGGAGGCUUAUUAUACUUGCUUGCAAGCCUGCACACAUUAAAACACAGUGAUUCAAACUGCACUGCAACAAUGACCACUUUUGAUGACAUCUUGGAAGAAACUGGAAAGUUCGGUCGCUAUCAGAAGCGCAUCUUCGCCCUGUUCUGUGUGUUGUCACUACCUUUUGCAGGUGUGUAUGUUGGCAUCGUCUUCCAGGGUUUCACCCCAGAUCACUGGUGUCGGGACUCAGCUGUGGUGGAGAGGAGGCAAGCGUGCGGCUGGAGCCUUGCUGAUGGUCGCAGGCUGACGGUGCCUCGGGUCAACAGCUCUGGAGCUCUGCAGCCGAGCAGCUGUGAGCAGUACGAGGUGGACUGGAACAGCACAACCCUCAGCUGUGACACACAGGAACUGGAUCUCAACAAAACCUCCACAACUGCCUGCAAAGAUGGCUGGGAGUACGACUAUGAGGGAAGACAGUCCUUUGUUACUGAGUUUGACAUGGUGUGUUCAGAUGGGUGGUUGGUGGACAUGUAUCAGUCCACUCUAAAUAUGGGCUUCCUGUUCGGGAGCAUUGCUACUGGUUACCUGUCCGACAGGUUUGGCAGGAAAAUGAGCCUCAUGAUGUCCAACCUGCUGAAUGGGAUCACAGGGAUCCUGGUGGCUGUGGCUCCAGAUUACGUGUCCUUACUGGUGUUCAGAGCACUCUACGGGUUUGGAGUGAAAGGAGGCUGGAUGGUUGGAUACGUACUCGUCACAGAGAUCGAGGGCUUGGAGUUCAGACGUACUGUGGGAGUAUUGUAUGAGAUGUGUUUCAGUGUCGGCCUCCUCCUCCUGCCUCUGCUCGCCUACUUCAUCACCGACUGGCGCUGGCUACAGGUCGCCAUCACCGUUCCCUACAUCCUCAUGCUGUCCUACUACUGGUUCAUCCCUGAAUCUCCAAGAUGGCUUCUCUCUCAGAAGAAAAAAUCCAAAGCUAUCAAGAUCACAAAGGACAUAGCCAGAGAAAACAAGAAGCCUCUGCCCAGAAACAUCGAGGUAGCUGCUGGUUUACCAGUCAGACCUCGAUCAGACUGAGUCCAGCUCAUUGAGUUAGACAUAAAGACGAACUUUGUGCAUCUGUUACCACAAACGAAGUUUAGAAUAAGAGACACACUUCACCCACUGG